GAAAGCCCCUGCUCUGUGUCCCUGUGCCUCAGCUACUCCAGGUCACUCUCCUGUGUUUCUUUCUCUCUGCCAGCCAAGACUCCCCCUUCUCUCGCCAUGAGUUUCAGCUCCAGCUCCUACUCCAUGCGGCCGGCCGGCUCCAUCCGCACCACGCAGAUGAUGGUCAAGCGCUCGGUGCCACUCAGCAGCUCCGCCAGCGUCUACGGGGGCGCCGGGGGCCGGGGGUCCCGCAUCUCCCUGGGGGGCUCCUCGGGAUUCGGCGGGGGGUUCCAGAGCGGGGGCUCCUUCUCCUCCUCGGUGUCAAUGAGCGGCUCCGGGGUGAUCACCAACGAGAAGGAGACCAUGCAGCAUCUGAACGACCGCCUGGCCUCCUACCUGGAGACGGUCAGGAACCUGGAGCAGGCCAACAGCAAGCUGGAGCUGCAGAUCCGGGAGGCCCUGGAGAAGAGGGGGCCUGCCGCCCGCGACUACAGCAACUACGACAACAUCCUGGAUGACCUGCGCAAGAAGGUGUUUGACAUGACUGUGGACAAUGCCCGUCUCGUGCUCCAGAUUGACAAUGCCCGGCUGGCUGCUGACGACUUCAGAGUCAAGUUCGAAUCAGAGCUGGCCAUCCGUCAGUCAGUAGAGGCCGACAUCGCCGGACUGAGGAAGGUCAUCGAUGACACCAACAUCGGCCGCAUGAACCUGGAGAGUGAGAUCGAGGCCCUGAAGGAGGAGCUUGUCCACCUCAAGAAGAACCAUGACAACGAUGUGCUGGAGUUGCGCAACCAGGUCUCCCAGUCUGGGGUGCAGGUGGAUGUGGACGCUCCCAAGGGGCAGGACCUGGCGCAGAUCAUGGCCGAGAUGAGGGCCAAGUACGAGAAGAUGGCACAGAAGAACCAGGAGGAGCUCAAGGCGUGGCACGAAACUCAGAUCACAGAAGUGCAGGUGCAGAUGAGCCAGAACACAGAGGCCCUGCAGGGCGCCCGCACAGAGGUCACCGAGCUGCGCAGACAGUACCAGGCCCUGGAGAUCGAGCUGGAGUCUCAGAGAAGCCUGAAGGCUUCCCUGGAGGGGACACUCCGCGACACCGAGCUGCGCUACAACAUGGAGAUGGAGAAGUACAACACCAUCAUCAUGCAGCUGGAGGGGGAGCUGGGCCAGCUGCGCAAUAACAUUCAGCAGCAGGCACAGGAGUACGAGGCCCUGCUCAACAUCAAGAUGAAGCUGGAGGCCGAGAUCGCCACCUACAGGCGCCUGCUGGACGGCGGAGACUUCAGGCUCCAGGACGCACUCGAAGACCAAAAGACCAUCAAAACCAAAGUGACCGUGACGCAGAUGGUGGAUGGGAAGGUGGUGUCGCAGAGCUCCGACACCAAGGAGAUCAAGUCAUGAGCCCCCAGACCAUGUCCCCCCCAUCCCUGUAGCACAGUGGUCGGCAUCCCUGAUCCCAGAGAGCCACACUUCUGCAGAAUUGAUUGUGCUGAUCAAGUGAUCAGUAAGCAGAGAUUUACUAGAGAAUACUAGCUCUUAGUAUACAAGUCUAGAUAAUGGAACAAGUCAUAGGUUUAUUCCAUGCUGAAAAAAAGAAGAAAGAGAACACAAC